CGUUUCAACGGUUGAACUCUUUCGUUUUGUUAUUAUUAUGACACAUAAUCUAAAAAUAUGCUUGACGCAGGGAAAAUUACACGAAAAGAGUUAUUUUAGUACAAAAGAUAUGUCAGUUAUUUUUUUUCUUUAAACUGUAUUUGUUUGCUAGGGCCUUGUUAAUUUAACAUUUUAAAAAUAAUGGAAGGUGUUUUUCAAACAAUGUUAAUGGUGAUUUUAUUGAAAGGUCUUUAUUUCUGUUCAGGAGACUGUGAAACAGGCUGGAGGGGUCUAAAUAGUUCCUGUUAUUAUCUUAAUAAAAACAAACUGAGUUGGACAGAUUCUAGGAAAUGGUGUUUCGAGAGGAGCAGUUAUCUGGUAGAGGUAGAAAGUGAUCUUGAAAACAAUUUCCUGCAAAAAAUUGCUUCUGAUGCAGGAUACGAUUGCCACAAUUAUCACAUAGGUUUAUAUAAACACGAUGCAGAUGAUACAUGGAAAUGGAACACCAGUGGAAACUCUGUAAAGUACAGAUCGUGGUAUAAAGAUCAACCAAGUGGCGACGGACGGUGUGUGCAAUACGCUGGGAACCUGUAUCAGUGGAACGAUGUCCCGUGUCGCAUAAAUCAUUGCUUCAUAUGUGAAAGAACUCAGGCUGACAGUUGUUCACCCAACCCAUGUUUAAAUCAAGGGACAUGUGUGCAAGAACUGUUGAACUAUACAUGUGAAUGUCCGCCAGGAAUUUCUGGUAAAAACUGCGAGAAAGUGACUAUGAAUACAAAUUACGCAAUAGUGAAUACAAUUUCAGUGGUUCUGGAUUGUAGCCUAAGCCCCUGUCGAAAUGGAGGCACCUGCAUUCAGGCAUUGGAUUCUGACGUUUGCGUGUGUAAACCGGGGUUCACUGGGGCCAACUGUGAAUAUGGCGAAUGUACCAUGGAUCUGUGCCACAAUGGAGGAACAUGCAUAUCAACAGUGGAUAACUACACGUGCGCAUGUGCGAAUGGAUAUACUGGAAACACAUGUGAGGGGAUAGAUCAUUGCUUAUCCGACCCAUGUAAGAAUAAUGGUAUUUGUUUAAGUGGUAACAGUGGGUUUGAAUGCGCAUGCGUAACCGGCUAUGAAGGCACACUGUGUACAAACAGUGCUUGUAUAGUGUGUUGCUUUCAAAGAGUGUUAUUGGCCCUUGUUAUAAAGACAGUGUUGCAAAAUUACAUAUAAUGAGAGUGUUGCAAAAUUACACGCGCUUAUUUAAUCAAUCAAGAAGCUUGGAAAUUUACUAAAUUAUUUACAAGAUGUACAUUAUAUUCCAACAUAUCAGUUUUGCAGGGUAUCAGUGACAUUUGUCCAUAUUUUUAUUCAUGUGAUUGAACAGUUUAACUUGCAUCAAAUGACAAAUAUAAUUGUUACAUAACUGUUACAUCAUUGCAAAUCUGUUGUAGAGAAACAGCAAAGAAUAUGAGCUGCAUUAACUUACAUAUUAUUAUUUCUUUUCAAAAGUGCUUCGUUUAAAAAUUUCGAUACAUACA